AUGGGCCGCUGCAGAAUCAGCCUGGCUCAAGAGCAGGAUCGAAUCGAUAGCCUUUUGUCUCAAUUCCGGAGCAUGACCAAAUGUGUCGACACCAAAGGCCUGCAUGAUGAAAUGAAAACAUUCAUCACCCUGACACACUGCAAAAAUCAUCAUCGCGAUGAAGCUGUUAAAGCUUUCAAUAGAUGGAAAAGGCAACGGAAAGCAGCUACCUCAAAUAUACGACCAGUCACUCCGCCGAGGAGUGUGACAUCACACGAUGAUUCAUUCGAAUCUGACUCUGAUACCAACAGCAUGUCAUUUUCUAGUCUUGAGAGAGGCAUUCCAGAUUAUGACAAGUCUAUAUUGGAUUCUGACAUUGAAGACAAAAUACAGAGUUUAAAUAUCGCUACAUCUGUGCGCCACGCUAGCACACAGACAAUGGACAAUGACAUUAACGAAAGCGGAAGAGAAAAGUUUGAUGAGAUGCUCGGUGAUGUCCAUUUUCCUAAAUUAGGGAAAGAUUACAACCACGGAAAAAUAUCUCAAACAAUGCAAGAGAGUUUUAGGGACAUAUCACAGGCCGGCAUUCUCUAUGUCCUUGAGCAUACUAAGUUACCUGGCUUAUUCAAGAUUGGACGAUCAAAGUAUCCUCAAGAUGUGAGACACAACCAGAAUUGCUACAAAAUUGAGACAGAUGGUGUCCAUGCGACGGAACCGUUCAUUGGCUAUGCGCAGGCUGAAAAACUUGCUCUUCAAAUUCUACGGCAUAAGAGGCUCUUGAUUAUUGAAUGUAUUCAUUGCUCAAAAGCUCAUCAGGAGUGGUUCCUGGCAACUAAGAAAGAGGUUGUCGAUGUUGUUAAGCUAGCAGAGCGGUGGUUCAGUAUACCCGCAUACGCACUCCAAGGCGGUGUGUACAGAUUAACCCCAAAGGCAGACGGUAUACACAAGAAGCUAUAUCACUUUUCUGUGUCCAAAAUGGAUAAACUUAUGAACGAAGUCUACGGAUCCAAAGACGCUUUCCGCACAUUGCCUGAUGCGCCAUCGACAGCUGCAACACGAGAAUUAGGCGCUUCUGCUGAAAAAGCUGCUGAAAAAGCUGCUGAAAGAGAAGCUGAAAGAGCUGAUGAAGAAGCAGUCCCGAGAAUUUUAGUCGACGAAAUUCUUGAUACAACACCUCCCCAGAGAUACAAGACGCGGGCUAAAUCUCACGCGGCAAGAACUGGCGUCAAGGGAGAGAGUCCUUUGUUGGAAACGGAGGAAAUAUUUGCAAUGCACCAGAGACGGUCGAGAGAGACGACGCCCGAUGGGGAUGGCAAUUAUAAACUUGUGACAGAGCUUGAAAUGACGAGAACUAUUUACACAAAAGUCUCGAUAUCGGAGCUUAACCAAGGCAGUGGAGUUUAUGACUUUUCUAAACAUGUUGUCUUUGGUUGCAAUGGAGAGAAAGAGAGGCGUGCGGAGAUCAAAGUCCAGGAAGUUGGAAAAUCUGAAUAG